AGAGCGUCUGACCAAUCACAGCUUGUAACGUCAUCCUCCAUUCCAUGGAUGUAGUCCAGCUAGCUGCACAGUUUGUGUUAGCUAGCAUAUUUAUAUUUUAAGGCUUCUUAUGAACACCAGCUGCAGAUAAAAAAUAUUCACGAUGGCUUCUCGAGCAGGACCGAGAGCAACAGGCACGGAUGGCAGUGACUUUCAGCACCGAGAGCGGGUUGCCUCUCACUACCAGAUGAGCGUUGCCUUGAAGUCUGAAAUCCGUAAACUCAACAUCGUCCAUCUGCUGAUCUGGGUGCUGAUGGCAGCUCAGGUGAUAGUGACCCAGUUGAGCCUCGUGUCCCACAAGGUAGUAGCCACCCCGUACCAGUGGGAGUACCCCUACCUCCUGAGCAUAAUUCCCACCGUCUUCAGCUUCUUGGCCUUGCCUCGCAACAACAUCAGCUACCUGGUCAUCUCCAUGAUCAGCGCCGGGCUUUUCUCCGUGGCUCCACUGAUUUACGGCUGCAUGGAGAUGUUCCCCGUGGCUCAGCAGCUCAUUCGGCACGGCAAAGCCUACCGCUUUAUCUUCGGCUUCUCGGCCGUAUCCGUCAUGUACCUGGUGAUCGUCAUCUCUGUGCAGGUGCACGGCUGGCAGAUCUACUACAGCAAGAAGCUGCUGGACCAGUGGUUCACCAGCACGCAGGACAAGAAGAAGAAAUGAGUUCACCCCAUAGCAUGCUUACCUAUAAGAUCUUCUGUGUGGAUCUUACAGCUGAGGUAUGUUAGUGGGAAACUGAACUGUUCGAGGGGAGAAAGAAGAUUUAAUUAAUUCCAGGUGAACUGAGCCAGACAAGACUGAUGAGAAAAUAUUGCUGUCCAUCAUCUUUUUCUAUAUUUAUAUUUGACAAUAAAAUUGUUCAAAUGUUUGGGAAUCAGUCCCUGGACUACUUGCGACUGCUGCCAUCACUCUGUGCGUGAAUCCUUCUGGCAUUUCAUCAUUCCAAAUAUACUGUAAACUGCUUCCAUCUGUCUGUCUGUACCCCAUGAUUACAGGUACUAACAGUGUAAACAGACCAGGGGUAAUUGGAAGAAGACUGUACUAACGUGUAAGUUCAUGUUUUGGAAAUAAAUUUUAAGAAUAAAUUUGAAUAUUUGA